AUGCGUGUCAUUGCCUUUGCUGCUGCUGCCUUGGCCUUCGCCAUGCCCAUUUCUGCUGGUGUCUGCGCGGCAUUUGGUGUCUGCUCUCAGAAUGGAAUAAUCAAGGACUGCACCUCCGGAAGUUGUGUUGGCAAGGUCGGAGAGUCCUGCACUCAAUCUCUUGCAGGGCCCGUACUUUGCCCAGUCUAG